AUGGAGAGUUUGCGUAGAAUUCAAACUCAUAGAAGACAGUUGGAUGAGGAAGUUGAGAGGAAUACAAAAGAUCUCACAUUGGUUCAGAACAAGCUUGUUGAAUGUGAGCAUCUGCUUGAGACAAGGUCCUUAGAACUGUUUAAGACUCAGGAUGAGAUUGAUUGUAAUCGAGAACAUGCAAGACAGAUGGAUACUGAUCUUGAGAGAUGUCGUGAUGAGGUCAGCGAAGAGAAGAAACAUUGGGAAAGGACUCAAGCGCAUAGUAAAGAAUUGGAAGCGGUGAUCGAGAUAAAGAUGAAUGAUCUCACAACGGUCCUUGAUAAAAUUGCGAAUGUGGGCCUCAGCUUGAAUUGGUAA